AGUAAAGUAAAUCGUUGAUGAAGGAUGGUCCAACUUCUGCAUGUGGGCCUUGCCAUUGCCAUGGUGAUGAUCCCACUCCUACCGCAGGGGUCCGCCUACAACUAUUGCCACAAUGAUACCCAUUUCUGCCUUGCGUCCAACAGGCAACACUUCAUGUGCCGCCUGGAUGCCGAGCUUCCGCCCGUUGCCGCUUACAAGGGCACCAUUCCGGACACCAAGAAGUUUCAUGCGAUCAUUCUGAAGCAGCUGAACUCCUAUCGAGACAGGUUGGCCAGCGGUUUCCUGGAGACACGCAGCAAUAAAAUCUUCCCUGCUGCCAAGCGAAUGCGAGAGCUUAUCUGGGAUCUGGAGCUGGGCUACAUGGCCCGCAGCCACGCCUCCACGGUGUCGUUCAAGCACUCCGAAUGCCGGGCCACCCAGCGGUUUCCGAUGGCAGGCGAGGCGCUGGGUGUUGUGGGCUCCACAAUGGACCGCCGCAGCAUGUGCGAUGUACUAAGGUUGGCUUUCGAUCGGAUGUUUGAUGAGCACCUAGAUGUGAAGGAUCCCGAGUCACUCAUAUCAAACUUUGAUGGCAGCAAAGACAUAGCUGCCGGCCACUUCAGUACCAUUGUCAGCGAUCGCGUUUCGCGUGUGGGCUGUGGAGUCGCUGUAGCCACAGAAUGCAGUGACGACCUGCCCAAAGGGCAUUGUCACUUCCUUACCUGCCACUUUGACUUCACCAAUAUUCAGGGCUCGUAUGUAUAUAAGGAAGGACCACCUGCCACCGAUUGCCAGAUCUGGGAGGCGGACCCCAGUAAGGACUAUCAGCAUCUUUGUGGUAACGAGGGAGGAAUAUUCGGACAGGAUCAUGGCGAUGAGGACUUGAGUAAUACAACAAGAAUCUUGGGUGUUUAAUAUACAUAUAUUCUGUAUUCUGUAUGCUAUGCUUCCUAUGAUUUCCUUGUCGUACGAAUACCAAAGCUCAAGCGUAACAUCCGAAAUACAAUUGUUACAAUUCCUA